GGCGCGGCGCGCAGGGGCGCGGAGCCGGCGGCUCGGGGCCCAGAGAGCGCGGCGGCCGGGAGCCCGCCGGCCCCUGACAGCCCCCUCCCCCCGGCGGGCGACGACGACGACGGCGAGGACGCCGCUCAUGGCGGAGCGGCGAGCCCAGCGCGGGCCCUGAGCGCCGCCGCAUGGAGCGGGACGAGCGGCCGCCCAGCGGAGGGGGAGGCGGCGGGGGCUCGGCGGGGUUCCUGGAGCCCCCCGCCGCGCUCCCCCCGCCGCCGCGCAACGGUUUUUGUCAGGACGAGUUGGCAGAGCUUGACCCAGGCACCAUUUCUGUUCCAGAUGAUCGGGCUGAACAACGCACCUGCCUCAUUUGCGGGGACCGCGCCACAGGCUUGCACUAUGGAAUCAUCUCCUGUGAGGGCUGCAAAGGGUUUUUCAAGAGGAGCAUUUGCAACAAGCGGGUAUACCGGUGCAGUCGUGACAAGAACUGUGUCAUGUCUCGGAAGCAGAGGAACAGGUGCCAGUAUUGCCGCCUUCUCAAAUGCCUACAGAUGGGGAUGAAUCGGAAGGCAAUCAGAGAGGACGGCAUGCCCGGAGGCAGGAAUAAGAGCAUUGGGCCGGUCCAGAUAUCCGAGGAAGAGAUCGAGAGGAUCAUGUCUGGGCAGGAAUUCGAGGAGGAGGCCAAUCACUGGAGCAACCCUGGUGACAGCGACCACAGCUCGCCUGGGAACAGAGCUUCAGAGAGCAACCAGCCCUCUCCCGGCUCCACCCUGUCCUCCAGUAGGUCGGUGGAGCUCAAUGGAUUCAUGGCCUUCAGGGAGCAGUACAUGGGGGUGUCCGUCCCGCCACACUAUCAGUAUAUACCGCACCUUUUUAGCUACUCCGCCCACUCGCCACUGCUGCCCCCCCAAGCUCGCAGUCUGGACCCCCAGUCUUACAGUCUGAUUCACCAGCUGGUGUCGGCCGAGGAUCUGGAGCCGCUGGGCACACCCAUGCUGAUCGAGGACGGAUACGCUGUGACCCAGGCCGAGCUGUUUGCCCUGCUCUGCCGCCUGGCUGAUGAGCUGCUCUUCAGGCAAAUUGCCUGGAUCAAGAAACUGCCUUUCUUCUGUGAGCUCUCAAUCAAAGAUUACACGUGCCUGCUGAGCUCCACGUGGCAGGAGUUAAUCCUGCUGUCCUCCCUCACUGUCUACAGCAAGCAGAUCUUUGGGGAGCUGGCCGACGUCACUGCCAAAUACUCGCCUUCCGAUGAAGAACUGCACAGAUUCAGUGAUGAAGGGAUGGAGGUGAUUGAGCGGCUCAUCUACCUGUAUCACAAGUUCCAUCAGCUGAAGGUCAGCAACGAGGAGUAUGCUUGCAUGAAAGCAAUUAACUUCCUAAACCAAGAUAUCAGGGGUUUGACCAGUGCCUCGCAGCUGGAACAGUUGAACAAGCGAUAUUGGUACAUUUGCCAGGAUUUUACUGAGUAUAAAUAUACACAUCAGCCGAACCGCUUUCCUGACCUCAUGAUGUGCUUACCUGAGAUUCGGUAUAUUGCAGGGAAGAUGGUGAACGUGCCCCUGGAGCAGCUGCCGCUCCUCUUCAAGGUGGUGCUCCAUUCCUGCAAGACGAGCGUGGGCAAGGAGUGAAGGAGUGAGCCGCCGGCACGGGGGCCGCGGCGCCGCCCGCCCGCCCCGUGGCUUCCCGAGCAAGAAGAGUUUGUUUGUUUGUUUGUUUUUUAACCUCAUUUUUCUAUAUAUUUAUUUCACGACAGAGUUGAAUGUAUGGCCUUCCACACGACGCACAGGCUUUUGUGUGAAUGCAGCCGAUGCAUUUCCUUGCGGUUUACAGAAUGUGAAGACUGUAAUGUCACAGUGUUGUCCUUGUUUAGAGAUAGUUCUUUUCUAUUUUUUGCGGGAGCGGGUGGGAGGGGGCCGAGAUGACUGUUCUCCGUGAUGUCGAUGAAGACAACUACCUCAGUGGGAAGGGCGGGGCGCGCCCGGCCCCGCCCCUGCCACCUGUCCUCUCUCCGCAGACCAGACGCCGGUCUGGCCGAGAGCAAACUGCCUUUUCCUAGCCAUAGCGUUGCCAGAUGAAAAAGCACAGCGCGGGGGCGGCCUCGUGAGCGGCGGGGCAAGGCUCGGGGGCCGGCGGGCCAGGCGGGCCCGGCCGGCUCUUCUCGGGAAGGCCGGGAAGUGAGGAGGGCAGCGCACAUCGGGGCCCUCGUCCCCCACAGCUCCCUCGGGAGAAGGGGGUCCGGGCCCCGCUGUGGGCUCCCCCCCGCCACGGGCUUAGCUCCGCUGGCCCCGCUUGCUUCAGCGGGAACUAGACCAGCUGAACAAAGAAGCCCCCUGCCCUCUGGCCCCCCGCCCCGCCCCAGACCGCAGGCUUGUUCCAGGCAGUGGGGGGGGACCCCUCUCCCGCCCGCUGGCCGGACGCCUUGCCCCCGCUCGCUCCUGCUUCUCCUGCCCCUUCAGAAUGAGACCCGGGGUCUGACUGAGCAGGGGCCAGAGGGCUGCGACCCAAAGCACCUAAAGGGACGGGGGGCUUUAAACUACCUCAUGCUCCCGAGGGCCGGGCCUCUCCUGCAGACACGGCCUGGGCCCUUUCUCUCACUACCUGCCCCUCCUGCUCCCUCUUGCUUUGGCCAGCAGCCACACUCCGUGUACCUUGGAGCUGUCGAAGGUGCGUUUCCCUCCUCUGCCUGGACCCGCGGGCGCAGCGGCCGGCCCGCGUGGCCGGUGGCAUCCCUGGGCGGGCCGACGGGCACCUCCUGUUCGGUCAGAGGCCGUCUGCUCGCUCCUGGCCUGUGUGCUGGGCAGUCUGUGUUGGAUUGUAAUCUUGUUCUCUCCGGUGAAAUGUUACGGGUACCAGCAGAGCGGUGACUUUGUCCAAACCCUGACGUGUCUGAGGCUCGGAGCGUUAGCCCUCGGUGUCGCUUGCCCAGCCGCUCUGAGAAAGGAAAGAAAGACGAGAGAGGUUUGCUCAGGAAAAGUUCCACCCAGAAACUCCCCGCACGUCCCUGGGAAGGUGUGUGUGUGACUGUGUGUGUAUCUGCGUACUUCUGAGUCCACGAUAGUUUGCUUUUUAUCUCAGUUUGUUGUUGUUGUUGUUGUUUGGUUUUUGACCUAAUCAGCGAGAUCACACGCUUUGGCGACAGGUCAGACUUGAAGCUGCCCCCCUGGAACUGCCGGAGGCCCGUCCCCAGAGCAGCCGUCCAUACGCCUCCCCUUAGCUUGCUCUUCCACCUGGAAAACCCCCGUGAUUCCUAAGACUCCUCUCUCUCUCUUGGCUCCGGAGAGGACUCGGAGGCAGCUGCUCUCUGCCGGGACGAGACCCGUGUCUCCUCGGGAACGCAGUAGGAAACGGAGCGAGUUGCUAGUUUGUGGAGUGUGGGGGGCGGUCAGUUCUGCAAGUGUCCAUUGUCCGCGUCCAUUUUUACAAAUGUUGGCAGUAGAUUCCACAGAACAAAGAGCCCAUUCAUCCCUGCGCCAGGCGGCUGGCCCCGUGUCCAGGCCAGAGCCCGACCCGGGGCGCCUGUCACGUCCACGGGCGCGGUCCGUUCCGACGUGGGCUUUUUUAAACAGGGUAAAGUGAAUGUGUUGCAUCGCAGCCUCAGGUGUAGCUGGCGGCGUGGGGACACUAGGUCAGCCACGAGGUGUGUUUGUGAGUCUGGUCUGAAGGUCGGAGGGGGAGGGCUGCUUGUUCUUCGCCCGCCUUCCCGUAGCGUUUGGCCAGCCGGUGGCCUUCUGGCUAGUGGGAGAAGAAAAAAGUCUGCAUGCUGUCCCGAUCCCCCUCUCUUCUGUCCUGCCUCUGACUGCCUGCCACCGACAGUUCUCACCGAGUGAGUUUUUCCACCACGGAAACGAGUGAGGCCCCUUAAAGCUGAUUGUUAAAGGAGACUCCAGCUCCUUGCACAGUGCUCGGCUGAGCAGCCUUCCCCUCCUGCCACUGAAACAUCUUGUUGACCCCAAAGUGUGAAAUCGUGGAACUUCCCCGUCAGCUCAUGCUCUGUCUUCCUUGCUGGGCCCCUCGAGCCUUUCGCAGGGUUUGGUGGUGGCUUGCCCUGCGCCUCGAGCCGUCUCCCAGCACUCACCCGGCCCAGAAGACGCCUCCCCCCCCACGGGCGAGCCUCCCCGGCCUGCUCCAUGGAACUGAAGGCGGGAUACGAGGAACCCUGGGGGUUCCUUGUCAUGCUCAGCGGCGCUCAGGAGACCCCUUGGCAGGGCUGGGGUCAGACCAGGGUCAGCUGCGUGCAAGGCAAGCGCCUUAACGUUCUCUCCCUCCGGCCCCAAGUCCCAGGGUCUUCGGGUCACCCCUGGAAGCCGCCUGCUCAACACUGACCUCCCCUGACCCACGACUCCUCCAGGAAAGUGACUCCUGACGUGGCCAGUAUGUCACCAGGCGGUCAGGCCCAGGCCCGGGCCCGGAGCUCCCGCCGCUGCACCGCUUCCUACCUCAGCUCCCGCUUCCUCGUUUCCUGGGAGGCAGUCAGCGGUGCCGGCGCGGCGGGAGGUCAGGCCCCGAUCCAUCACUUCUUCCUUGUUUUUUGUUUUUUUAAUUUUGCAAUUGUUUUAAGAAAUCCAUUCUUUCAGACCAGCCCUUUUAUGAAGCUUAAAUUUUUCUUUAUUGAUUUUUUUAAGGUAAAAAUCAAAAGGACAAAAAAAAAUCAUAAAUAAUAAAAAACAAAAAAACCACUCCUCUUCCUUUCCCCAGCUUGAUCCAUGAGAACCCCCGUGUCCUCCCCACUGCCUCGGCAGUUGAGUGUUCCUCUCUCUUUCCUUGGCGUGAAGCAUCUCUGGCCAGUGUCUUUGACAUGACGUCUUAUCUGUCUCAGGAUGAGAAGCGGCAAUCAGCCACCCGGUGCUGGAUACUGGCUAGCCUUGAGGCAAGGGUUUCUAGGGCCACAGCUCAGGGAUGUGUAUUUAAUUACAGGGUCCCCAGAAACCCCCCUCUCUCGGUUGCCGUAAGCAACGGCCUCUCUCGUGGGCUCGGGAGCCAGAGCUGGACUGUUUCCUCAGAGGCAGGAGCCCCGGCGCGCCCACCAGCCUGGGAGGGAGCGGUCCCGCCAGCUCGGGGCUGCUGGCGUCCCUCCUCCGGCUCCUCAGCCCUGCCAGGGCCCCAGCCUGCUCCGAGCUCAAGAAAAGCGUCGCGUCACUGGUGGAGGUGGCCCUGCCAGCCAGGGGCUCGUCUUUGCCCUUUGGUGACUCUUGUUUUCUUUCUCUGAAAUGUCUUGUAAUAGUUGAUAUUGUUGUUGACUCAAAUUUCCCUGAAAAAAGAAAAAAAAAACUACCUCUUGAAUGACAUCCCGGCCGAUUCCUCUCCGCAGGGCGCUGCGGGAAGAGAGUGCCGUAGCGCCUGCUCUGUUUACAUGUUCCCGCCGGGAAGGAAACUCUGCCCGCCUGCCCCGGUGCGCUGGUGUUUUUGUCUGUGCUGCCACCACGGGCCCGCGAUAGCAUCUUGGGGCUGCCUUGUGGUGUCUGGGCCGUGUCUGGGAGCCCCUCCCGCCUGCCCCGCCGGGGACCGGCCACCGUCGAGAAGAGGCCUCCACUUCCUUCCUUGCUGUCUCCGAGACCCCGGAGGACCCACUCCCCACCACGGCAGCGCCCGCGUCCGGGAGCCCAGCCCCGAGCUACCUGCCCGCAGCCCGCCAUAGGGAUCGCGCCAACGGAUGUCUCUGAGCCCUUGUCCCCACAGGGCCGGCCAAGGGCUGCCUGCCCGCCUGGCUCCAUCAACCCUGCAUGACCAAAUCAAGGCCAGUUGGUGGGCCCUGCAGGCGACCCAGGCCCUCUGCUGCCUCCCGCCCUGCCAGCUGCCGGGGCGGGGCCCUUCCUGUGAAUUGACUACCUGUGGAAAUGUGACCAGUUAGUGUGAAAUGCAUGUUUAGCAAGUGUUAGGUACUGUAUCUGAACCAAUAAAUGUGA